CCCAUCAAAGUUAACAGAUUUUAAAUUAUUUGCCAUAACUUCUUAUUUUCGACUUUCUUUCAAAUUUUUAAAUGGGAGUUUGGGUUUGAUUGCUGGUGCUGGUAGUAAUGGCACCCGGAUGCAAACAUGUUCUGUGAAAAGCCACCGGAAAAGCCGAUUUGUAGGUGCAAGAACUGUGUCCUCCGGCAACCGGACAACGUACCUUGGAUGGAUGUCUUGUCUUUAAGUAUGGCUGAAACAGAUAAAGAUAUCUUUCGGCGGAUGUCCACCCAGACACGUCGUUCUAUGGAGAGUGUGGCCGCGGAUACACCACAGCCCAAGACACUUAGUGAACAGCAAAUCCCCGUUCAACCACAGCAAAAUUUUUCUUCAGAAGGGCUUAAUGGUCCCUCCGAGAUUUUACCAGAAGAGGAUACACAGCCACCACCACCGCCUUUGCCCCCUAAUCCCACCAUUCUGCUGGUUGUUGUCAACAAGGCGGAGCCACUAUCGUCUGCCAGAAGAUGCGUUCCGGGAUGUCCGGGUUCAGAAUCUCCAGUGCCCUAGGAGAUGCGUUCCGGGAUGUCCGGGUUCAGAAUCUCAGCGGUCGCCAGAAGAUGCGUACCAGGAUGUCCGGGAUCAGAAUCUCCAGCUCCUGCCAGGAGAUGCGUUCCGGGAUGUCCGGGUUUAGAACCACCAUCCGCUGGAUGGAGAUGCUGUCCGGGGUGUCCGGGCUCAGAACCACCAGCGGCUGCCUGGAGAUGCUGUCCUGGGUGUCCGGGCUCAGAACCACCAUCGGCUGCCUGGAGAUGCUGUCCUGGGUGUCCGGGCUUAGACCCCUGCCUAGAACAUAGAGGAUGUCCAGGCCUUAGACCGAGAUAUCCCUGCCAACCACCUAGGGGUUGUCCAGGACCCGGACCGGGAUAUCCCUGCCCAGGAGUUAGAGAAUAUUUAGGUCCCAGACCUGGAUAUCCCUCCCCAGGAGCUAAAGGAUAUCCAAGCUCCAGACCUGGAUAUCCCCGCCCAAGAGGCAGAGGAUCUCCAGGUCCGGGACCAAGACGCUCCUCACGAUCACGGGGCUCACCAAAUAGGUAUUGUAAUGCAGCGCCUGGAGCUGGACGAAGAUCAGGAAAUGACGAACGUUUCCGAUACGGCUCCAAUCAAAACCAUCGAAGCUGGUACCAAGUUUCCCCGAGGGAACAGCCUAGAGGAUAUUCACCCAAUGGUUACGCCGACUCGUCAAGAAUCGCUGUGCUCCGACUCAGUACCGAAACUGCCGAUGUUCCAGACCUAUGUCAGAGGAUCGGGAUAGGUCAGUUGAACAGAUUAUGUCAGACAAUACUAUUCAAUCGGUUGAAAGCAAAAGCACACACAGUCGAUGGGGAUCGAAUAAGCCUGUUGGAGGGACUAAGUCAGACUAUACUCUUCUAUCGGUUGGAACCAAAUCAGGAGGGUCGUUUGGGAGUGAUUAAGUCAGUGUCUACUAUUGAAUCGUUUCCAAGCAAAACCAUAGACGGGCCUCAGGCAAGGAAAAAACCAGAUGGACGUUUGGCAGGAAGUGGAAUCUCGAAAAUUUCUAUUGACACACAUCCUGAGGAAGAACCAUCUCAGCAUUCAGAUCAACAGUCUCAUAGUUGUUUCACAUGCAAAGGAUCAGGAAGUAUAAAAUCAAAAAUACAAGACAAUAAUCAAGAUAGCCGUUCGAAGUGUUGUAGUCAGCAGACUAUGCAGGAUGUUGUUGUGACUGAUAACACCAACAAGACAUUUAGAUGCAUACAGGUUCCAAUUUGCAUCUCGGUCGGGAAACCAUCCAAUUGUCGCGGUUGCAAGUGUACAAAUUAUACAAAUUGUACAGAUUGUGCAAAUUUCGAUUGUUACUCGCAAUGUGGGACGGCAUCCGACGAAGAUGAGGACAAGUGCAGCCUAAGCUUCUUUGAGAAAUGCAGCACUAGUUUCCAAGACAUGGACAGCUUUAAUUCUCAAGGCAAUUCUCAAGGCAAUUCCCAAGGCAGCAACUUUAAUUCCCAAAACAAUUGCAGCUGUGAUUCACAAAGCAAAUGCAGCUGUUACUCCUUCGACAAAUGCAGCUGUAAGGAACAAGGUGUAUCGAACAUCGCGACACUUUCAGAAUUGAAAGAACCAGAAGAAGGCUUCCAAUUUUCGUGCGAUCUCUCCAAUUUGGAGCGAACUUUACGCUGUCUGGUACCGAACACCGAUUGCAUGUGCUAUUUAAAAAAGAAAAAUCGACCCAAAAGGCGACGAAAGAAGAAGUAUCCCAAGGUCUUGUUGGAUCGAUUUGCCAAUCCACCACUUCUCUUCUAUCCAAAGCCCAGAUGCUUGGAGUAUGGUAUCAGUCCUUACUGCAAAUUUUGCUUACAUCCCCACUGCUGUGAUCCAAUGGGAAUGAGUACGUACAACUUGGACUAUUGCUGUAAAGGAAGGCGUGGCGGCUGUUAAAACUAAUUUCUGGAAGCAUUAUUAACACUUCUUAGGAUAAAAUCAAUUGCUGACCAGUUUGCUGAUCAAUAACCAAUGAAAUACCUAUCCCAAGGAAUUCAUAUAGAUCCCAUACCAUUUGUCAGAUAAUUUAAAAUGACUUCUGAAGAACCCAGAGAGACCUUAUCUGACAGAUUUAUAGGAUCCGUGUCAAUUCCAGUUGGAUAUUAACACCCUAACUGAUAUCUGAUUAUUUAAAAAUAAAACACCGCCUAUACUUAAUCCUAGCCAGGUCUCCCCAUACUCCCUAAUUUAAAUCUUGCAAUAAACCAUAAUCUAGUUCCAUCUUU